UCGCGCGGGCGCGGCUUUGCCGUGCGCGGCGGCAGCCGAGGGACACUGGCCAUGGCGGCCUUGCGGCCUCCGGGGGGGGCUUUUCUCCCUCCGCUCUGCCGUGCCUUCGCUGGCCCCGGCUGUCAGCGCGCCCCUGAGCGCGGCGCGGAGCGCAGGGAUGCGGCGUCCGGCCGGGUCUCAGGAUUCUGCCCUCCAAGAAAAUCUUGCCAUGAUUGGAUAGGACCCCCAGAUAAACAUUCAAACCUUCGACCCGUUUACUUUUAUGUCCCCGAAAACGAAUCACCGUUGGAACAAAAGCUAAGACAAUUAAGACAAGAAACACAAGAAUGGAACCAACAGUUCUGGGCAAACCAGAAUUUGACGUUUCGAAAGGAAAAAGAAGAAUUUAUUCACUCAAGGCUAAAAGCUAGAGGCCUGGAACUGAGAGCUGGAUCAGGUCAAAAAGCAACAUUAGAUGCAGAAGAAAUGGCUGACUUUUACAAGGAAUUUUUACGUAAAAAUUUUCUGAAGCACAUGUAUUAUAACAGAGACUGGUACAAGCGUAAUUUUGCCAUCACCUUCUUCAUGGGAAAAGUGGCCCUGGAGAGAGUUUGGAAUAAGCUUAGAUCAAAACCAAAGACCAGCACCUAGGAACCCACCCUGACCUGCCCACUCUGACCCUCCCACCACUGCUGUCGGAGUUUUCUGGGAGAAGCGGCUGCUCUGGGAAUCCAUUUUACAAGGGCUCUAAAAACCUGUAAGUGAACUGAGUCCCACACCUACUUUAUGGGGGCCCCUUGGCUUAUGUCAGCACAGGGUGGACUGGGAGAAUGGGAAUCCUGGUGAGCUGUGGGCCAUAUGACUCUGUCCUGACUGUGGAUUCCAAGCUAGCCCUGGGUCAUGGACAUGAUGUUAAAUAAAACACAAGCACUGUGUACCCA